UAACGAGGUCAACCCAUUUCGCAAGUGGCCCGUGUAACACCACGAGAGGAGCUGUAAAUUUAUCCGAUGUCGACUUUGUAUUCGCGUUGCUUUUUACCUAAGAAUAAUGUAGUUCCUGAAUUGUAGCGCAAAUUUCCAAAGGUGAAAUGUGCAGAUUCAAUCCAAAAAGCUUGGAGUGCCUUCCAUAGAGAUCAGGGCGCAUGAUGACCGUCCCAUCCAAUAUUUUCUAAAAUGGAAAUUUGUGCAUGCGAUUGCUCACAACACAUUAUACAAUGAAAUGUACCCUGCAGUAAAUUCAAGUUUAAGGCAUUAUCAGAGCUCGCUGCAUUGCCCAUUUCAGUGACAGAUAGAGUGGCAAGACAUUUUUCAGACUAAAGUGGGUCCAAAUUGAUUUCUUGGGUCCAAAUUGAUUUCUUCCAACACAUGAGCGAUGCUCUGAAACAUUGUUAAACUGUUAGGAAGAAAGGAAAGAAGAGAUCCACAAGAAAUUAGCGAGUGAGCAAUGAAGUCUGAGGAUCCAUGGGAUCCCCAUGAGCCUGAUUUCAACAGUUGUUUAGUGCGACCAUAUCCUUGGUUUGAAGGGUGGUUUUUCAGGAUUCGGGAUCCCCAGAGUGAUUUUAGCAUUGCGUUGAUUAUUGCAACCAAUUAUGUCACUUCAGAGAGCCAUGCUACUCUUCUCUUCUGCAAUCCAGGAGAAAAUCCAAACUCUGACGGAAGCAUAGAAAAUGGGAUUACUCACAUGGUCUAUGAGCUUACCAAGGAUGCAACAAUAACAAAGGUAUCCAAUUCAUUGGAAGAUUAUGGAUUUGAUUGGGAAGAACCUACGAUUGGUAAGGUCCUUGCAAGGAAAAAUAAAACAAAUAUAGAUGUCCAUGUAAAAGGAUACCAUUUGAAAGCCAACUUGACAUCAAAGGUACAUUGGAAUCUUUCUGAUCCAUAUAAAGGUCCAGAGGGAUGGGCAAGCAUCAUUUCAAUAUUGCCUACACGUUGGUAUAUUGAUAGUUUAGGUUCAAAAGCCUCUUAUGAGUUUAAGGACACCAAUGGAUUGGAUAUAAUUGGACAAGGUUGGGCUCAUGAGGAAAAGAAUUGGGGACAAAUAUUUCCAGACGGUCAUGUUUGGUUGCAAGCAUCGUCAAAUGAUAACAGUACACAGCUGGUUUGCUCAGUUGCCUGGUUUAAAGUUGGAAGUGUGAAGAUGCCAUAUAUUUUUUCUUUGGGCUUCAGGUCACCAAGUCAUCAAAUUGAUAUGCGAACGAUUGAUAUAGGGACAUUAUUAACAGAUGUCUCUAUUCGACCUCAUAAAGGAGAAUUUUCCAUGAGAGCAAUCAACCCAUCUUAUAGUAUCCAGAUUACAGCUGUGGCACCUCCUGAAAGCUUUUCAGAGCCUAUCUUGGCACCAGUGAGCAAGUUAGAGUGGAAGCCAACUUGUCGAGAAUCUUAUUUUGCCAAUAUAAAAGUAGAAGUUUAUGAUCAUGUGGUUUGGGGGAUUCCAAUUGAUAAGAAGUUGGUUUCAAGCCACACUUUCAGCCAUGCCGCUCUUGAAUUCGGAGGACGUCAGUUUUAAGAGGUUGAUGUGGCCUGUUUUUAUUUAUGUUAAUGCAGUAGUCAUCCUGCUAAAUGGGGGCUGAAAAAAGAAAACAUUAGAAUGGAUUUCUGGAUGAUUUGUCUGUAUAAUUUAGUAAGUAGUUUUAGUUCUACAUAUGCAGAAUCUUGUACAUAUUAGAAGAGGCUAUUUUCAAUAAGAUGCUGUUCUUCCAUCUCCUGUUCCUUUUGGAAGUUAUAAAUAGUAAUUACAAAUAAAUGAUUAAAAUUAUCAUUCCAUAAAGCCUUGAGACAGUUUAAAGGGGAUCUAAAUGAAGAAUCCAACUUUAACUA